UUUCUUCUUCUGCUGUUUUUGGCUCUCUCGGCUGCUUCUGCUCCACAUCUGAAAUGCAAGAUUCAUAACACCUGAGAGCUGCAUGCAGAGGAGAGAGUUUUCUGGACCCAAACCUGACCGGGCAACUGAGCAUUUGCAGCCGGAACGUUUCAAAGAACGGCGACAGUAGCUGCAGCUGUCAUGGCUUCUGGGUUCUUGAUGAGAGUAUUGGUUGUCCAUUUGUUGAAUGAACUGAGCUCCUCAUCAGCUCUUCCAACAGGAUAUCUUCCAGCUUGGCAGGAUGGGGAGAAGAAAGGGGUAACUGGCUACGGCACCCGUCGUCCUCUUCAUUAUGUUCGUGCUUUGAGGCAGUCCAACGGAAACCUGCAGCCUGAGGACGGGGUCAAAAGACAAGAAACGAGAAGUUUUGGUGACCGGCGCCAACAGCAAACGCUGAGCUCCCGUGAGCCACAGAAGCUGUCUCCUUCCACAUCUAAAUUUCAGACAACUCGGCCAGCCACACCCAGAAGUUUGGCGAUAAACCUGGAAUUUCCUGGUCUUGAAUUCUUAAGAAAAAACCUAACUGACCGUUUGACCAAUAAAGAUCAUCAUGGACACAACAGUCUUGGAAGAAAACCAUCCAAGGAGAGCGGUUUCAACUUUCAAGGCUCUGAUAUCCUCCACACACUUCAAACAGUUGCCAGGCCGAACGUGAAGCUCGUCCUACCGUUUCCUUCGUCACCUAAAAUACCAAUAAAACUACCAUCGCACUCUAAAGAAACGGGAUCAACGGUGCCGAUAUUUGAUUUUGACGGUGUUCUUGGAAAAACGGUCCAGCAGAUGGGACUCGAUUUGCCCUUCUUUACUCCGGACACGCAGCGGCAAGUGGAACAAGCCUACGAGACCAUUCACGCACAUUUGGACAAACUCGUCUCACACCAUCAGCCAAAUCCCCAGACGCUCACCAGCCACGAAAGUCCCACUGGACAGAGAUGGGGAACUCGAAAGAAAGACGUGCCCAAGCACAAACCUUCUUCCCAGCCAAAAUAUCCCGACCUGACGGUGGAACAUGGGGCAAGCUGGGAAGCUGAAAAUGAAGCCAUGCAUGUUGACUGACGGGCCGUCUGCUUGAUGCGUUUGAAAUGGCCCAGCUCUCCUCUGUAACUGUGUUUAGUCAGCUUAACUGAAAGCAGCCUUUUAAGCUGGAAAAGGAAAUUGUUUACAUGCAUUUGUCUAACACUGAAAAAGUGGUUUUCUCACAAGAUGAAUAAAAUUGUCUAUCAUCCUUACAGAA